ACAUAUACACAGCAUUUCACUUGUUGUAAUGUUACUCCUUGUGGAAGACAACAAACAAGAAAGCAUAUACAAACUCUAUGCAACAUUAAAAUACAUGUAUAUAAUAUGGGUGGUGAUUUGACCGGGUUUGACCAACAAGCUUCCUUGCCUUGGAGUCACUUAGGAGUGUGACUGCUGAUGACCAUUUCUACUGACUGUCCAUUGGGUCGCGCUUCAGCCCUGCAGUGCGCAGAUACUAAGCAAAGAGGAAGUCAUCUAAAAAGCGUGUGUACGAUGAAGAAGAAGAUGACGAGGAGGCGCUUGGCAGUGAGUCCCAGGAGGCCAUCCCGGCUGCAGCUGGUAAAACAGUAGAUGAGUCGGGGAUCAAGCUGGAUGAGUAUGGAGCGAAAGACUACCGACUCCAGAUGUUGCUGAAGAAUGACCAUGGCUCACGGCCUCUCUGGGUGGCCCCAGAUGGACACAUCUUCCUGGAGGCCUUCUCCCCAGUGUAUAAGUAUGCUCAGGACUUCCUCAUUGCCAUAGCAGAGCCGGUGUGUCGGCCGAUUCACGUCCACGAGUACAAGCUGACAGCCUAUUCUCUGUAUGCUGCUGUGAGCGUGGGCUUGCAGACCUCAGACAUAGUGGAAUAUCUGCAGAAACUCAGCAAGACUUCGGUACCAGAUGGCAUUGUGCAGUUCAUAAAGUUGUGUACGGUGAGCUAUGGGAAAGUGAAGUUGGUGCUGAAACACAACAGGUACUUUGUAGAGAGUGCAUUUCCAGAGGUGAUCCAGCGACUUCUUCAGGACAGUGUGAUUAGGGAGUGCCGUCUUCGCACCGCAGAAGGAGUUGAUACAGACCUCAUCACUGAGGUUAUUCACUCCAAGUCAGCGAUCUCGAGGUCCCUGCAGGAUAAUGGAGCAGGGACCUCUUCAUCAGCGGGCCCCGAGGGCCAGGAAGCAGGGACUCCGCAGGUACCAGAGGACAUCUUCAGCUACUACGAACAGAUGGACAAGGAGGAGGAGGAAGAGGAGGAGACACAGACGGUGUCAUUCGAGAUACGGCAGGAGAUGAUCGAGGAGCUCCAGAAACGCUGUAUUAACAUGGAGUAUCCUCUAUUGGCUGAGUAUGACUUCCGGAAUGACACUGUGAACCCUGACAUCAACAUGGACCUGAAACCAACGGCCGUCCUACGACCUUACCAGGAGAAGAGCCUCCGUAAAAUGUUCGGCAAUGGCCGGGCCCGUUCUGGAGUCAUUGUACUGCCGUGUGGUGCGGGUAAGUCUCUAGUUGGGGUAACUGCAGCCUGUACGGUGCGUAAGCGCUGCCUGGUUCUGGGGAACUCGUCCGUGUCUGUAGAACAGUGGAAGGCCCAGUUCAAGAUGUGGUCCACUAUUGACGACUCACAGAUCUGCCGCUUCACUUCAGAUGCGAAGGACAAGCCGAUUGGCUGCUCGGUGGCCAUCAGUACCUACAGCAUGUUGGGGCACACCACCAAGAGGUCCUGGGAGGCUGAGAGAGUAAUGGAGUGGAUGAGGAGUCAGGAGUGGGGACUGAUCAUCCUGGACGAGGUCCACACCAUCCCUGCCAAGAUGUUCCGCCGGGUCCUGACCAUUGUCCAGGCCCACUGUAAGCUUGGUCUGACAGCCACGCUGGUUCGAGAGGAUGACAAGAUUGUAGAUCUCAACUUCCUAAUCGGGCCCAAGCUGUUUGAGGCUAACUGGAUGGAGCUGCAGAACAAUGGAUACAUCGCUAAGGUCCAGUGUGCUGAGGUUUGGUGUCCAAUGUCGCCUGAGUUCUACCGGGAGUAUGUGGCCAUCAAGACCAAAAGGCGCAUCCUGCUCUACACAAUGAACCCAAACAAAUUCAGAGCCUGCCAGUUCCUCAUCAAGUUCCAUGAGCGACGCAACGACAAGAUCAUGGUGUUUGCUGACAACGUCUUCGCUCUGAAGGAGUAUGCCAUCCGGCUCAACAAGCCAUAUAUCUAUGGCCCCACAUCUCAGGGAGAGAGAAUGCAGAUCCUGCAGAACUUCAAACAUAACCCCAAGAUCAACACCAUCUUCAUCUCCAAGGUUGGUGAUACUUCCUUUGAUCUACCAGAGGCCAACGUUCUCAUCCAAAUCUCCUCUCAUGGUGGCUCUCGCAGACAGGAGGCCCAGAGGCUGGGCAGGGUGCUACGAGCCAAGAAAGGAAUGGUUGCGGAGGAGUAUAACGCCUACUUCUACUCACUGGUGUCUCAGGAUACUCAGGAGAUGGCUUACAGCACCAAGAGACAGCGCUUCCUGGUGGACCAGGGAUACAGCUUCAAGGUGAUAACCAAGAUGGCGGGGAUGGAGGAGGAGGAUCUGAUGUUCUCCUCCAGGGAGGAACAGUAUCAGCUGCUCCAGAAGGUCCUGGCUGCUACAGACCUGGAUGCUGAAGAGGAGGUGGUGAUAGGAGAGAAUGGACGGCCAAUGUUCCAGCGGCGCCCUGGCACCAUGAGCUCCAUGUCGGGGGCGGACGACGCGGUCUACAUGGAGUAUCGUUCCAGAGGCAGCAAAGCCCAUAUGGGCAAUAACAUCCAUCCUCUGUUUAAGAGAUUCAGGAAAGGCCCAUAAGACCUGACGGAGAGCACUAAACAGGAACUAGAGUGCCGUUUGGGAGUUGGAGACUUGGGACAAGCUAGAAGUACAUCCCCUAGACCAGACCCUGCCAGGACCUCUAUGUUCCCUGUGUGUUGCAGAAAGAACGCUGUUCUGUUUAACUUCAAAUUUGACAACAACAACUGCAAAAAGUCUGAGAAGAAUAUUCUGAUAGCAUAAAGAUGUACAACUGUCCAAUAUCAUGGUUUUAGGACAUUGUUCUUUGCUGCUUUGCAGAUGUUUUGUUGUCGAGAACUGUGAAUAGGUCCUCAGUUAUUUGUUUUGCCGUUUGUAUCCUAAUGUUAUUAUUUCAUUUUUUAUCGUCUUGGCAAUGUUUCCAUGCAAUCUGAUAAAUAAAACAACAUUUGGGGUAUA